AUGAAGGCUCCUAGUUCUGGCCGCUGGUCGGAGCUCCCUACAGACAUCUUGAGAUCUGUACUAGAACAAGAUGGUACUGGUUGUAGGCUGUACAACCCGGAGGAAGAUAGUAUUUACGGAACAAAGAGAGACUUCUCAGGGACUAGAUUCUUGGCAAAUUCAGGAAAUUGGUUCUUGGUUCUAGAUUCUCGUUCCAAUCUCUAUAUCAUGGAUGUGUUUAGCGAGAAGAUGAUUCAUCUUCCACCUCUAGAGUCGAUCAAAGGUGGCCAUUUCAGUCUCGAGCGAGUAGGAGAUAAAAUAUUCAGCGAGAACGAGAAGAAGGAAGAAUACGUUGUUGUUUGGUUUUUUGGCAUGGUUUCCAAAUAUAUAGCCUAUUGUAAGAACGGGGAAGAUCAUUACCGUGACAUUCCUACACGAACCAAUGUUCCCAGGGAGUUACGUGGCUUGUCUGAUAUAGUACUCCAUGGUGGUGACAGUCUAUACAUCUUCACGGCUCGUCAGCUCAUUCGAAAACUUGUAUUUUUUGGACAGGAAGGUUUCAUGGACGUAUACAAAAGCGAUACAUUAUUAUUACGUAAAGUCACAUUGGAUCACAUAAGUGGAGGAAGAUUUCACAGUAGCAUUGCUGUUACAACAGCAGGAGAGGUUUUAUUGGUUCAGAACUUUUUUUACGAGAUAACAAGGUAUAGGAACUUCCGUGUCUUCAAGAAGGAUCCUAAUCCAGACCCUGAUGCUAUUAUUGACGACCCGAACCAUAUUGUUGAGGUACAUUCUCUAGGUGAUGAGGCACUGCUUCUUGAUUUGGGUAUCACCGUAUGGAAUUGUUCAUGCAUGGACAUCUGUGUGUUCAGUCUUGCAACAAAGAAACUCAAACGCUUCCCUGAUUUUAGUCCCUCCGAUAUAAGGUUCAAGGAUGCUCGAUGGUUUCUCCCUUCUUGA